GGACCCUAGGCCAGCCUCCUCACUCGCCUCUUCCUCCUUCACCACCUGCCCGGCUCAGCAGCUGCCCAGUUGCCUCAGCCCUGCAACCAUGCCCCUCGGCCUCCUGUGGCUGGGCCUCACCCUACUGGGGGCCCUGCAGACCCAGGCCCAGGACUCCACCCCAAACCUGAUCCCCGCCCCACCUCUGUCCAAGGUCCCGCUGCAGCCAAACUUCCAAGAUGACCAGUUCCAGGGGAAGUGGUAUGUCGUGGGCCUGGCAGGGAAUGCCUUUUCAAAGGAAGACAAAGACUUUAAGAUGUACACCACCAACUACGAGCUGAAAGAAGACCGCAGCUACAAUGUCACCUCCACCCUGCUCAGGAACCAGCGCUGUGACUACUUUGUCAGAACUUUUGUCCAAACUUCCCAGCCCGGCCAGUUCAGCCUGGGCAACAUUAAGGCUUACCCUCCACUGCAGAGCUACACCGUGCGAGUGGUGGACACCGACUACAACCAGUUCGCCACGGUGUUCUUCCAGUAUGUUUCCCAAAACCAGAAGUACUUCAAGAUCACCCUCUAUGGAAGGACCAAGGAGCUGCCCCCUGAGCUGAAGGAGAACUUCAUCCGCUUUGUCAAAUCCCUGGGCCUCACCGAUGACAACAUCGUCUUCCCUGUCCCAAUCGACAAGUGCAUCGAUGACCAGUGAGCAG